AACGAGCUAAGGAGCACAUUCUAUUAUAGUUAUUAUUAUAGUUUGGCAAUAUGUCGCACCAACCAGAAGUGCUGGAAAUGAGGACGAGCGAUGGCGUCUUGUUCAACGUGAGCCUCAAGUUGGCCCAGCAAAUGGGAUUGACACACAACUGGCUGCAGACGGAGCACGGUGAGCUCAGAAGCAGCGAUGAUGAUGAUGCCAAUAUCAUGCCGCUGGACCGUGUUAGCUCGGAGAUAUUUAAGCUGGUGCUCAGCUGGUGUCACGCCAUCCAGGGCAUCCAGAGGUCCGCUGAUGAGAAGACCAGGUUGCAGCAGGACCGUGACGUAUUCGACAACAUAAUCCGCGAAUCGAAUGCCAGUGACGCGACCAUCUUUGAGCUAAUCAUGGCGGCCGACUAUCUCAACAUCGAGGGCCUCCUCGAGGCGGGCACCCAGCACGUGGCCGAUGUGAUCAAUAGCUGUGACAGCGUCGAGGCGAUUCGCGCACGUUUCAAUAUUAUGUGCGAUAGCGAGAUGGAUAACUAAGUUUCUCUUUUACACACACACACACACAUACAUACAUACACACACUUACACACUCACAAU